AUGAGUUUUCUAGCGGGAAGGUUAGCAGGAAAAGAAGCCGCUUAUUUUUUCCAUGAAUCCAAACAAGCCGUUACAAAAUUAGCUCAAAAGAAUCCACCAAUCUCAAAAACCAAUUCAGAUGAACGACACGUCGUUCAAGAUCACGCCGACGUUCUUCCAGAAAUUCUAAAACACUCUCUUCCUUCCAAAUUAUUCAGAGACGAAACGGCGACGUCGUCGUCGUUCUCUGCAUCCAAAUGGAUCCUUCCUUCCGAUCCCAAAAUCCAAUACUCUGUGUCUCCUGAUGUUCUCAAUCCUCUUCGUGGUUUCGUUUCUUUGCCCCAAGCUACCUUUGGCCCCAAGAGGUGGGAAAUGCCUGAAUCAACGCACGGGGUUUCAGCCUCUACGGCCAAUGAAUUGCGUCCAGACCGAUAUGAAAUUCAUGCUAACCCGGAAAAGUUAAAAGCAGCAUCUGAAGGGCUUGCAAAUGUUGGAAAGGCAUUUGCUAUUGCCACUGCAGUUGUAUUUGGUGGUGCUGCAAUUGUAAUCGGUACGGUGGCCUCCAAGUUAGAACUGCAUAACAUGGGUGACCUCAAAACUAAAGGAAGGGAUGUUGUUGAGCCACAACUUGAAAAUAUCAAAACGCAAUUUGUUCCCAUGAAAAUAUGGGCUGAAAAUAUGUCAAAAAAGUGGCAUUUGGAAAGGAAAGAUGUCGAGCAGAAGGCUUUUGUAAAAGAUCUAUCUAACCUUUUUGGUGCUAAAUAG